AUGGCCAGGGAUUAUGGAGGCUUCCGUUUCUUCAGGGAGGAAAAAGUCGAGCCCAAUGCGUUUGGGGGGAUGCCGUUGGCGAAGAGGCUGGGCGGCGUGGAUGCGCCGGUUUUGGUCAUGGUAGGGGAGGGGGAUACGCGGGAUUUUCAUCAGAUUGCAGGAGAGAUUUGGGACGGGGUGGCUAAUGGUUGGGCGGAGGGGGUCGUCGCUGUGCCAGAGUGCGGCCAUUUUGCGGUUGUCGAGCAGUAUCAGGCGGUUGCAGAACAAAUUACAGCGUUUUGGGCGGCACAGGAAGGUGCAGUGCAGACGGAUGGGGUUGAAGGUGGGCUUCGGAAAAGUCCCAUGUGA